UGCCCUGCUGAAACUGCAUUUUUCAUAUUUUAAAAGUCUGCUAAAAUCACUUUUUUAACAGGAAAAAUAACCUAUAUUUUCUGAAGAUGAUAUGCUAUAACUAUUAUCUAUGAAAUAAAGACCUAGUUAAGCAAAUUAAACGACUACUCUUCUCCGCCGGACAUGGCAGCUCCGACCACCUUACUCUCACUCUCUCUCCUUCUCACCCUCUGUUCCUUCUCUGUAACCACCACCACUGCUCUCUUCCUCACUGUCGUCAACAACUGCCCCUACACCGUCUGGCCGGCCAUCCUGCCGAACGGCGGCUACCCUGUUCUCGAGAGCGGCGGCUUCGCUCUCCCCACCUUCACUCACCGCUCCUUCAACGCACCUGACACCCACUGGGCCGGCCGAAUCUGGGCUCGAACCGGCUGCUCAGACGCCGGCGGCCACUUCUCAUGCGCCACCGGGGACUGCGGCGGCCGGUUGGAGUGCAACGGCGCCGGCGGCGCCCUUCCGGCGACUCUCGUCCAGCUGGAUCUCCACCACGGCAACAGUGACUUCUCCUCCUACUCUGUCAGCCUCGUCGACGGCUUCAACCUCCCCCUGACGGUCACCCCCCACGAAGGGAAAGGCAACUGUCCGGUGGUCGGCUGCCGGGCGAAUCUCGUCGAGUCUUGCCCGCCGGAGCUUCACUUCCGGUCACAGGGCGGUCACGGGCCGGUGGUGGCCUGCAAGAGUGGGUGCGAAGCGUUUAAGACGGACGAGCUUUGCUGCAGGAACCAUUUCAACAGCCCGCAGACGUGCCGGCCGUCGAGCCACUCGGAGUUCUUCAAGAAGGCUUGCCCGGCGACGUACACGUACGCGCACGACGUGCCGUCGCUGACGCACGCGUGUUCGGCGCCGCGUGAGCUGAAAGUCAUUUUCUGCCACCAGUAAUUAAGCUUUAGGAAGCAGUUAAUCGAAUAAUGGGAAAGGUUGUAGCUGAUUGUGUCUGUUCAUGAUCUAGCCGGCCGGUACCUGACUGUGAUUUAUCUGGC